UUGAGGGGGCUGUUCUCCCCCCCAUGCUCUGGGAACAUCUCCUUGCCCAGGUGAAGUGACUCAAACACAUUGUCCAAGUUGGAAAUCCUGCACUGGAAACAAACCUGACUUCUCUUCAAAGAAGAAAGUUGGCAGGUUAAGGAGCCUUGUUCCUUCUGCUUCCCUGUACUGGCUGCAGAGUGUUUUCCUGGGCUCCUGCAAGCUUGGAUUCUGGAAAUUUGGACAUGCUGCUGCUUUGGGGCAGUGCUGAGCACCCUAAAACAAAAGCUCGCUCUGGUUCCUAGCUCCACACAGAAUCUGGCUCUGGAAUAGAAACAGACGUUGCCAAGUGGCUAAAACAUCUCACCGUCACCUUUACUGGUAUCACAAAGUACAGAAGGGUUUGCUCCUAGUGCUCCUGUAGGUGCUAUGUGAGUAGGUGCACAGAGCAGAGUUGGCUGUGGGGUGGAUGGGGAAGGCUCCCUUGGGAUGUGGGACCUGCAGACCCUCUGCUUGCCCACCCUGGCUGUGACCCCAGCCCUGCCACGGGGGAGCUGUGUGGUGGGGUGGAUGGAUGCUCACCCAGCUGGUGGCACAGCCCGAUCCCAAGGCUAUCCCUGGAGAGGGAGCUGGAUGUGGAGGAAAAGCUCCUGUCUCCUCGAUGCAAGAAGCCCCUCAGUGGCUGAGCACUGUAUAAACAGCAGCAGCAGGCUCCCUCCCCCUUUCCAUUUCUGUUUGUUAAACACACGCUCCCUGCCUUUCUCUCAUUCAGGAGCUAACACGACAUCCAGCUUUGUGAGACGGGGGCUGUCAGUCACUCCUCAGAGGCAGCAGGGCACCAAGGCUUCCCCGGGUGAUGGAGCACCCCGCAGCAGCCCCGAUCCUUGCCUGACUUCCUCGCUGUUCUGAAGCCAGUUGCAGAAAAGUGUUUUCCACCCUCUGGCCACAGGUUGACUCCAGGAGAGAAGACGGGACGGGUCCCAGCCCGCAAUGAGGCCGUAGUGCGAGGAGAGCUGUUCCGAACCAGAAGGACACAGACCUCCUCCUCCCAUCCAAGGGUGCCAAGCCAGGCAUGGGACUGCUGCAGGGAGCCAACAGCACCCUCAUCAUGGAGAAGCAGGCAGUAGAUGAGAAGCUGCCACAGGGCUGGCACACCAAGGACUUCGUCACUCCCGGCCUGGACCUCUCUGGGUCCCGCAGUGUUAUGAUGGACAGCACCAAGAUCCCAGGGGUCCAGGUAGUUCUGAUUGCUGCCUACUCCCUCAUCAUCCUCCUGGGGUUCAUUGGCAACUCUUUGGUCAUCUACAUCAUAGUGAAGUACAAAACCAUGAGGACUGUGACCAACCUCUUCAUAGCUAACCUGGCCCUGGCAGAUCUGAUGGUGGACACCCUCUGUCUGCCUUUCACCCUAGUGUACACGCUGCUGGAUGAGUGGAAGUUUGGAGCUGUUCUUUGCCAUCUGGUCCCUUAUGCUCAAGCUCUGAGCGUGCACGUGUCCACUCUCACCCUGACUGUGAUUGCCCUGGAUAGGUACAGAUGUAUUGUGUUCCACCUGGACAGCAGGAUCUCCAGGAGGCUCAGCUUCACCAUCAUAGCCAUCAUGUGGCUGGCUGCAGCCAUCCUAGCAGGUCCUCUGGCCAUCUUCAGAGAGUUCCGCUAUGAGGAAAUCCCAUCUAUCGACCUCAAAAUGGCUGUCUGCUCCGAAAAAUGGCCUUCUGGUAAUAACAGAGAUGCCACUAUCUACAGCCUGUCCAUGCUCCUCCUGCAGUACGUUUUUCCUCUUGCAGUUAUUUGUUACGCUUAUACCAGGAUCUGGUUCAAGCUGAAAAACCAUGUCAGUCCCACAUCUCGGAAUGAAAACCAGUGCAGGAGGAGGAAGACCACCAAAAUGCUGGUGAUGGUAGUUGUGGUCUUUGCAGUCUGUUGGCUACCCUUCCACAUAUUCCAGCUUGCUAUUGAUCUUGAUCUGGUUCUUAUCUUCCAUGAAUACAAACUGCUGUACACCGUCUUCCACGUGGGAGCCAUGUGCUCUACAUUUGUCAACCCCCUCCUCUACGGAUGGAUGAACAAGAACUAUCGGAAUGGCUUCCUCAUGUUCUUCCGCUGCCAGAACAAGCCAGAAAGCAUCCACACCGAAGGCUCAGUGAGAGGGAGGUCAUACAUCUUCAGGGCCAGCACCCUAAAUGGGAGCAUCAGGCACGCUGCUGGCAAUGGACCCACAGAGGUUUAGGGAUGGGGUGUCCACCUCCAGAACUGAGGCUGACUGAGCGAAGACAUUCUUGGUGAACGCCUUUUUUGGGAAACAUUAUGUAGCUACUGCAGCCGCAUAGAAAUACCUCUUGUAUCUCUCAGUACAAUAAAUCUGGUGUAUUUCUCCCUGA